AACUCAACUCCGAUGGCCCAAUCGACUCGAUCCCUGGACUCGGGUCUUUGCGCUGACACCUCGACUCCCCUAAACCGCUAAACCCAUCGUGUGCCCGCCGUCGCCGCCGCAGCCUUCCUCCUCUCCAUCUCCCGCAUCCGAAUCCCGCACACCUCCCCAGUCAUGGCCACCGCCAGCGACGGCGGCGGCGAGCAGCGGCGCCUCCUCUCCAUCCCGAAGGAGGGCGAGCGCGUCAUCGCGCCGACGCGCCGCCCCGACGGCACGCUCCGCAAGGCCAUCCGCAUCCGCGCCGGUUACGUGCCCCAGGAGGAGGUCGCCAUCUACCAGUCCAAGGGUGCACUCAUGAGGAAGUCAGGGCCUGACGUGCCGCCAGGGUACGACCCGGCACUCGCACAAGAUGCCAAGCCCAAGACGAAGGCAGCCAAGCGGAACGAGCGGCGUAAAGAGAAACGGCAGCAGGCUAGCUCGACAAAUGAUAAAGGAAAGAGCUUGGAUAUAGAGGAGGCUGGUGCUGGAGAAACUGACAAGGUUCUUCCUUCCAAAACUGAUAAGCAGAGGGAUUCAGUGGACAGUGUUACGAAGCAGAUAAGUGGCAUUGCUAUUUCUGAAUCACCUGUUAUAGCAACACCCUCCACAAAUGCUACUGACAACUCACAACCAGAGUCAUCUGCUCCAGACAUAGACAAGAAAAUUCGAGCACUGAAAAAGAAGAUACGCUUAGCUGAAGCACAACUGCAAGGUGAUCCCGAAAAAUUGAAAGCUGAGACGCUGGAAAAGACGAAAAAGAUUGAAGGGUGGCGUGAGGAGCUAAAGCUUUUGGAGGACACGAGGGCUCCUGCGGCUUCCUAGACAAAGUCUAGUUCGGCUCUGAUGUAGAAUAGAGCCACUGCUACCAAACAAUCACCAUGGUGUUGUGCUGAUCCAAGGUCCGAUCAAUCACCAUAGGCUUCUCCAUUACCUGUGGGUUGCUGGAAAAGCAGUCAGUAGAUGUGGGAUCGCGCGGAACGACGGAAGAUUUUUUUUUUCACCACACAUUUGUGUCUCAUGUUCGCCAGCAAGUUUCAAGAUUUAUAUCGGAAGAUCCAUUUGUCACAGAGACCACACUGUGAGAUAGCUCAGCCGAUUAUUGUGACAGUGUGGCUGUAACUUUGGUGUAUUAUGUCAAUUCUGGGGAUUUCUUGACACUAGAUCAGAAUUUAGUCCCCUACACACCUAGAAUCCAUCUCUCUGCGUUACCACCAUUAUUCGCAGAUCCAGUAUUCCAGUAAUUCAUAACUUUUCAGGCCU